UUAUCCCAUUUUGCAUGAAAAUGUCCCAAUUGACUAACACCCCCUAAAAACAUUUGAGAAAUCUCAUAAAUGACCUUAACGGGCAGAAAUAAGUUCCAAUUUAUGAAAAAUUACAGUUCCUUGCGAAAAUUCUGAAUGAUGUGGGAAAAGAAGACGCAACGAUCAGGAUCCGAAGAAGAGAAUGAAUCAACAAUGUCGAGUUUCGACUCCCCGGGACAAAUGCCUGAAGCCUCUAACUCUUCACAUUGCUUCAAGAAUCAGGAAGAGAAGCUCCUGAUGGAUUGUGCAAGAGAGGCAGGAGCAAAAGUUCAUUACAAGCAUGGACAUUUGAGCUCUGAUAUCAGAGAAAAAGACAUACAUGAGAAGAUUCUCGCAUGGCAGAGGAUACAAGGAGGCAUGAGUAGCUUGUUAAAAUUGUUAGGUUCAGAUAUUUCAGAGUUAAGGAAUGAGUGGAGCCAGUUCAGAGCUGAGGUUUCAGUGGUAGGAGUUCAGAUGGAAGCGUCCAUAUUUGAAGAGAUCGUAGAUGAAACUGUCUUAGAGAUUUUGGGCAUUCAUUGCAUAUAAACAUAGUUUUGAAUUCAGCUUCUCACUGAAUCAAAUGAUCAGUUUAUUUUUUCUA